GUGAGAGAGAUGGCUGCCACCACGCUCAGCGGGCUGCUGCAGUGCAACUUCCUCACCAUGGACGAGCCCAUGCAGACCCACUUCGAGCAGCUCUGCAAGAUGAGGCUGCCCAAGAAGCGGAAGCGCGACCUGGGCUCCGUGGGGGACACCAUCCCUUCUGGGGACCUGGUCAAGCGCCACGCCGGCGUGCUGGGACUCAGCGCCUGUAUCUUGUCGAGCCCCUACGACGUACCCACCUGGAUGCCACAGCUCCUGAUGGAUCUCAGUGCCCACCUCAAUGAUCCUCAGCCUAUUGAGAUGACUGUGAAGAAGACGCUGUCCAAUUUCCGGAGGACCCACCACGACAACUGGCAGGAGCACAAGCAGCAGUUCACAGAUGACCAGCUACUAGUGCUCACUGACCUCCUGGUCUCUCCGUGCUAUUAUGCAUAG